GUAAAGCGGAGAAGAAGAACGAUAGGAAGUGUUUGUCAGGAAGGAAGACAUGUAUUUAUGUUUUCAUCGACAGUAAAUGGGGAUUUGGUGGGCACAGACUUAGAAAGCCGUGUUCUGUUCUUUCAACGUGUCUGCGUGUUUUUGGGUAGUGUGGGUAAUUCCUUCCGAAGUUUUAGCCACAGUUACCGUUUUGCUAACCCUCACAUAAAUCGCACUUGGACAGAGAGGCGGAAGUCUGUUUUCUUUGCCCACCGUUGUCAGCAAAUCCCUGUGAAGGGAUGUGGAGGAUAACUGUACAAGCCUGUUGGGUUCUACUGUCGGCCUGCUUUUUAAUGAACUUGGUUUUUGGUUGGUUUCAGCACAACAGCGGAAGACCCCAAACGCAGCACAACGAACAGCGGAGCAGCUCCUCCGACAGUCCGGAUCAAAGCUGCCUCUGUCAUCUCACUGGAGUUCUUGAUGACUGCUUCUGUGAUGUUGAAAGCAUUGAUGUUUUCAACAACUUCAAGAUUUAUCCUCACAUCAAGAAACUGGCAGAGAGAGAUUACUUCAGAUACUACAGGGUGAACCUGAAACGUCCAUGUCCUUUCUGGCCUGAUGAUGGACACUGCUCCAUCAAAGACUGCCAUGUGGAGCCCUGCCCUGAGAGUAAGGUCCCUGUUGGCAUUAAGUCUGGAAAUUACAAUAAGUACUCCCAGGCAGCCAAUACGAUGUCGGACGAGGCUGAGUGUGAGCAGGCCAACAAGCUAGGCGCCAUCAACAGCACCCUAAGUAACCAGAGCAAAGAGGCAUUCGCUGAUUGGGCAAGGCACGAUGACGCUCAGGAUCACUUCUGUGAGCUAGAUGAUGAAACCUCUCCAGAUGCGGAGUAUGUGGACUUGCUGCUAAAUAUAGAGCGAUACACAGGCUAUAAGGGUCCUUCUGCGUGGAGAGUCUGGAACAGCAUCUAUGAGGAAAACUGCUUCAAGCCCAGAUCCGUGUACCGACCUCUGAACCCUUUGGCUCCCAGUAGAGGAAAUGAUGAUGGGGAAGGCUUUUACAAGUGGCUAGAAGGUUUGUGCUUGGAAAAAAGAGUUUUCUAUCGACUUAUCUCGGGCCUCCACAGCAGCAUAAACAUUCACCUGUGUGCAGAGUUCUUGCUGGACGGGGGCUGGGGCCGCACAAUGUGGGGUCCGAAUAUCCUGGAGUUUCGUCGCCGCUUCGACACAGCAGAAACGAAGGGUGAGGGCAUCCGAAGGCUGAAGAAUCUCUAUUUCCUGUACCUCAUAGAGUUGCGUGCUCUCUACAAGGUGGCGCCUUACUUUGAACGAGCCAUCGUCAACCUGUACACUGGAAACACUCAGGAGGAUGGAGUAACCAAGGAGCUGCUGCUGCAGAUUUUUAAUGAAAUCAAAGGUUUCCCAAUGCAUUUCGAUGAAAAGUCCAUGUUUGCUGGACACAAAAUGGAGGCCAAGACAUUAAAGGAAGAAUUCCGGCUCCAUUUUAAAAACAUCUCCCGGAUUAUGGACUGCGUGGGCUGCAGUAAGUGUCGACUCUGGGGAAAGCUGCAGACCCAGGGUCUUGGCACAGCUCUGAAGAUCCUCUUCUCUGAAAAGGAGAUCCAGAACUUGCCAGAACACAGUCCCUCAAAGGGCUUCCAGCUCAGUCGGCAGGAAAUUGUGGCUUUAAUGAACGCCUUUGGUAGGUUAUCCACCAGUAUAUAUCAGCUGCAUAACUUCCGCCUGAUGUUGAAGGAUAAGAAGGAGCUUCGGCCCAGAUGAGCGCAGGGUGUUGGCAGUCCCAUCAGCAAUGUUUUCCCAACAUCCAAGCAUCUUGUUUUCAUCCUCUUAAAUCUUGACUUUAAACUUACCCUGCUGUCAUGCUUUUCAGGAAUUUCUCCCCCAAUGUUUCUGAUUAAUUUCUAAACUUUGCACCAGUUAAAUUUGUUGUGGCUUUCAAUGCAAGGCAGGACGACUCUCCCGUUCAUGCAGAAUUCUGAGGAUGGCACAGACAGAAGCAACAGGGAACAAGAUGGACACCUCAUUUAAAGUGAUUGCCCCAAAGACCCCAUCAUUCUUCUAAUUGCACAGCAUGUUUGUGUUUCUCCUCAAAUAAAUCAGCCUAUGGUCACUGCUGUAAGGAAACUGAAAAACUCAAUCAUCAUAAAAAUUGCAACUGUCUGACUUCUACUGAAAUUUGAGGCCUGAUUAAAUUGGCUUCAACAAAGUUUUAUGCUUGUACAGUAGCGCAUAUAUAUGAUACAGCUUGACAACAGUUCUUUACUGGAUGUAGUUGGAGGCUGGCUUAGUUUCCAUUGUAUCCGUUUCUGUCGCAGCCCUGAUGUUUGGUGCGUGUCGAGACCAGAUAGCUUCCUGCUACUUGACUUUCUCCUUGAGCUACAGCUGCUGAAUUUAACAAUUAGAAUGAGGUAGGGUUAAUAAUACAGUUAUUCAGUUAAUAUCAAACACACUCAUUGAUGAAUUCAAGUAGUUCAUUCCCAUUAACGACAGACAAAUCAUAUAUGCUAAUGCAAAUUGUAUCAUACAGAUCAGAUAAUAAGGAUGUGGGGGUUUUUUCCCCAAUUUGAAACUUCUAUUGGAGUCUGUGAUAGCUACUUUGGCUUCACACACUGCAGACCGCGAGAUUGUUACAGUGGGCAGUAACAGCCCUUGUGACUGGCUGACUCCAUCACAUGAUGAUGUAAACUUUCUGAACAAUUUUAAUAAUUUGACUUCUAGAAAAUGCCAAAUUUAUUUUCAUUUAUAAUGAGCUAAACUUUGAGAAGAACUGGUGUGUACAUUGGCUAAAGUAAACUGAGUUUAGGUAAAUGUAAGACAAGCUCAGAUAAGCUGGCUUAGGAAAGCAGUUAUUUUACAGAUAACAUAGGACAGACAUGACAGGAGCAAACAGUAAGGGAAGCGGGAUGCUUGUCAAGAUUAGGAUCUUUUUCCACUAAGUAAGACUGAGAGGAGGGGAGGCUGUUUGUGUAAUAGUCAGUUUUUGUUGACUAUUCCUAAAUCUGCCCAUGUUGAAUGGGGAAAGAGAAAUACAAGGAUGGAUAUUUACAUUUGGUAUAAUUUGUUUAGUAAAAAAACACAAUGCAUUCCAAUAUAAUAUUUUAAAGCUUGACUGAUGUGAAAGCAACUUUAAACAAGCAAACCACAUAAUGUGUUCGGGUCAAGGGAUAACAGGAAAACUGCUUUUAGAUCUGUCAAGAGUUGAGUCAGUUAAAGGAAAGAAAAACUGUUUGAUUUUGUAAAUCAUCGCAAGGCAGAGAGUGAAAGGACAGAUUUCUCCCUUUCUGUCUUCCAAUAGGAUAAAGGUCAAGGUCUUUAAUAGCAAACUGUGAAAAUGUGGUGCCUGGACAUUGUGUAAUAAAAAACAUUUAACAUUC